UGGGAUACAGCAGGACAAGAACGAUUCCGUACAAUUACCUCCAGCUAUUAUAGAGGUGCUCAUGGUAUCAUCGUUGUAUAUGACAUUACGGACCAGGAGUCAUUCAAUAAUGUGAAACAGUGGCUACAGGAGAUUGACCGGUAUGCAUGUGAGAAUGUCAAUAAGUUGCUUGUUGGAAAUAAAUGUGAUUUGACAACCAGAAGGGCAGUCGAACAAAGCGCUGCCAAGGAAUACGCUGAUCAGUUGGGGAUUCCGUUUUUGGAAACAUCCGCGAAAUCAUCAACGAACGUCGAGCAGGCAUUUUUAACAAUGGCAUCCGAAAUAAAGAACCGAAUGGGCCCAGUUCAACAAGUUGGUACAGGGCCAUCAGUACGUAUCGGGGGAUCUCAGCCAGUGAAUGAAAAGAAGAGCGGUGGUUGCUGCUGAGAGUUGUUGAAAUAUUUCUUUCUUUUAAAUGACUGUGUUAUCUAUUCCCUAUAUCUUUUAGACAGUCAAAAAAAUACAUUUUUCAACUUUUCAUCCAGAAUAUUCCUUCUAUUUCUCUUUUUCCUUCAAACUACUUUUCAGUUACUUUUUUUUGUUGAAAAAAACGUAAGAUUUCUCAUUACAUUGAUUCAGCUGUGAUGUGAGUUUAUUUUGUUUUACUUUUCUUAUUGGAUUGCUUUUUUCGGAAUUUUCCUUAGUUUUUCCUGCUAUCGAAACUCGAUAUUAUUGGUUUAGUUAAAUACUGUUUAUUUAACAGUAUGUGACAGUAAAUUCUUGUUAUUAGAGAAUAAUAAUGAAUUUUUGAGAUGACUGCUUUGGAAGUAGGCGUCUCGUUUUGUCAUAUUUUAAUUGCGAAAACACUGUGAUGGAAAGGGUUUUACUGCGACUGAUAGCAGAUUUUAUUAUUGCUUAUAAACGAAUUUCAUUCUGGUCUUCCUAAUCAAGUUCGGGGGUUCUUUUAGGCUUUUCUUGAGAGUUUUAACACUGUGAUCAUGUAACGAUUGUGACGUUGUUCGACUUAGAAGUCCUAUAUUUCAUCGUUUGGAAAUGAUGUGUUCAGUAGACGGUUCAUAGAGAACCCUCGCAAUCCUUCCCUUUUCUAUCUUAUCAUUUUUUUCCAUUCUUAUAAUACGGAAACAAAUUUUUAAUCACCAAUUACUUUCAAGCAUGUCAUUGAUCCAUGGCUUUAAAAACCAGUUACAGUUUUUGCCGAAAAAUGAAAGGUUUGUAGAUGCAUUCAGUUCUUCUUUUCUGCCCUGAAGUCACUAAAAAACAGUUGUCAUUGUGGCAUGAAUGCAUUCAAAUUAUCAUUAUUUCACCAUAUAGUUUCACAAUAUCAUCGCUUGCCCAAAAAAUCGU